AUGUCGAGCGAAAAAUCUCCCAAGAGUCCCGUCAAUCCGACGGGUGAAGAUGACAAGGACAAGAACAAGAAUGAUGAUGGAAAACCUGAGAAUGAGAAACAAGAUGAGUCAAGUGGCUCAAAAGACAAGAAAAAGAAAAACAUGAAUGAUGAUGACGACUCGGAAUCAAGUGAUGAUGAGAUGUCAUAUAGAGAAUGGAAGGCAUGGAAGAAGGAGCAAAAGUUGAAAAGCAAAAAGAAGAAGAAAGCUAGCUCCAAGAUCUUGAUUGACUCAAGUGAUGACUCAGACUUGACCACAAGCGAAGACCAUUUCGAAACUCUAGCAAGAGAUGAGAGUGUCAAGGAAAUGUACAAUAGGAUGAAGAAGAUCACUAAUCAAAUCAAAUCACUUGGAGGUGAUAAAUGGGGUGAUCGUGAGAUUGUGGACAAGCUCUUGACCGUGUAUAUGGCUAGGGAUGUCACUUUACCUUGUUUGAUUAGAGCCGAAAGAGGAUUCAAGCACUUCACCGCCAAAAAUGUUUUUGGAAGAAUUGAGGCUCAUCAUGAUCAAUUAAGAAGAGUCAAGAUAAAUCAAGAUUUGGCCGAGCUUCAAGAGCAAGUGGCAAAGAACAAUGGCAUAGCACUACAAGCUAACUCUAAGGGCAAAGAGAAAGAAAAUCUAUCAUCCAAGAAUGAAGAAUCUAGUCAUGAUGAGGAUGAUGAGCUUGAUGAUGAGCAAAUGGCCUUGUUUAUCAAGAACUUUAGAAGAGUCUUUAGAAAUGGCAACAUCCGGAAUUAUGGCAAGAACAAGGGCAAAUAUGAACCAAGAAGAAGAUUCAACAAGCCUUGUUUUGGGUGGAAGAAACUUGGACAUUUCAUUGCCGAUUGUCCAGAAGAGAAGAAAAAGGACAAAGAUGACAAAGAAGGUUCUUCCAAGAAAGAAAGAUCAAGAUACAAGAAACAAGCCGGUGAAGCUCACCUUGGUCAAGAAUGGGAUUCUUAA